AUGCAUCAAUUUCUGAUAAAUUUAAGCAUUUAUCCAAUUAAUGAGAUAGCAUCUAAGUACAUGGAAUUAAAACAUUAUUAUGCAAAUUUUACAAGCUAUACAACAGGUUUUCAUUCAACACUUUCGUCUUGUCAACUAGAUUUAUCCUAUAAUCAAAUUUUAAGCCUGCAGUGAAGAGAUCAGCUAGCAUGCAAAAAUUAA